AUGCUCCGGAGCCACCCCAAGUCAUUGCUCCGCUCGACGGACUUGUAUGUCACAGUUGAGCCAUGCGUAAUGUGUGCUUCCGCUCUAAGGCAGUAUCAAAUACGAGCAGUCUAUUUUGGUUGCGCCAAUGAUAGAUUCGGGGGCACAGGAAGCAUUUUGUCAUUGCAUUCUGACUUCACGAUAGACCCACCAUAUCCUGUCUAUGGAGGAUUAUUCCGCAAGGAAGCAAUAAUGUUACUUAGGCGCUUUUAUAUACAAGAGAAUGAGAAAGGUAGGCGUCCAAAGGGUAUGGGGUAUGCACGGAUCUUAGAGAUUUGCUGA